AUGAUGGCAGCGCAUCCCUUACAGGCCUUGGGGGAAGCGGUGGGAGCGGCGGGCGCCGACCCGCGCAUCAAGCAAUUGAGUUCGCUGUUUCAGGGGGCCAAUGACGGGCCCGCCCGGACGGCGGCCAAGUUGACGGGGGUUCAGCAGGGCGGCAAGCGGCAGGAUGACGGGCCCUACUUCACCAACAACGAGGGCAUUCCCUUCCCCGAUCCCGCUCACAGCAAGACGGCGGGUGGACUGCCCUUGGUGUCGGACACUUUCUUGCUGCAGAAACAGCAGCACUUCAACCGCUCGAAGAACCUGGAGCGGAUGGUUCAUCCCUGUGGUAGUGGAGCUUUCGGAUACUUCGAAACUACCAGAGAUGUCUCCAACCUCACAAAGGCCGACUUCCUCAAGUCCUCCGGACUGAAGACGCCGGUCUUCGUCCGCUUUUCUACCGUGACUCUCGGUCGGGAAUUCCCCGAUCUGGCCCGAAACCCUCGUGGCUUUGCCAUCAAGUUCUACACGGAAGAAGGAAACUAUGACAUCGUGGGCCUGAAUUUUCCGGUCUUCUUCUGCCGAGACCCUAUUCAGGGCCCCGACGUGAUUCGGUCGCAAUCUCGUAACCCUCAGAAUUUCCUCCUCGACCACAACUCACUCUUCGAUCUAUUGGCCAAUACGCCCGAGGGAAAUCAUGCCGGUAUGAUGUUUUUCAGUAACCAUGGAACCCCGAAGGGAUGGAGAAACAACCACGGCUACGGCUGCCACACCUUCAAAUGGGUGAAUGAUGAAGGCAAAUUCGUGUAUAUCAAGUAUCAUUUCUUAGCAGAUAAUGGCCAGAGACAAUUCACCGCCGAUGAAGCCCAGUACCACGGAGGGGCCGAUCCGGACUGGUCCAAACGCGAUUUGUGGCAGGCAAUCGAAAAGGGGGAAGAGAUUACCUACACUGCACACGUGCAGAUCAUGCAGCCCGAAGACGCAGACCCUGUGAAGCUGGGCUUUGAUCCGUUCGAUGUGACCAAGGUUUGGCCGAAGAAGCAGUUCCCGCUUCAAGAGUUCGGUAAACUCCGCCUCAACAAGAACCCCGAAAAUUUCCAUCGCGAUGUUGAACAGGCGGCGUUCUCCCCAGGCAGCAUGGUCCCCGGCAUUGAAGACAGCCCUGACCCCUUGUUGCAAUUCCGUAUGUUCUUCUACCGCGAUGCACAAUAUCACCGAAUCGGCAUCAACCUCCACCAAGUUCCCGUCAACUGUCCUUUUAUGGCCUCGUCCUAUUCAUCCCUGAAUUUUGAUGGUCAAAUGCGCGUGGAUGCCAAUCACGGGAUGAACCCGCAAUAUGUCCCGAACAGCUUUGUGAACAAGUUCCGACCAGAUGUUGCCGAGGCGCCUUACCAGCUGGCAGACAACAACGUCGGACGCAAAUCCCAUUUCUACCACGAAGGCAAGCCUUCCGAAUACGAUCAGCCACGGGCUUUAUAUAAACAGGUGAUGGAUGAACGUGCUCGCAAGCAACUGCACGAUAAUACUGCCCGGCUCCUCCGACUCGUGGAGUAUCCGCUGAUCCAGAUCAAGUAUUUGGCACAAUUGUACCGCAUCGCACCGGAGUAUGCAAAGGGCGUCUAUGAUCUGCUCCCCGAAAAGCCGUUUGCGUUUAGCGAGGUCGAGCAACGCGCUGGGGGUGCCGAGGCCGCCAUGAAGGAGCCCAAGUUCCGCCCGUGCGCCCCGACUGAUAAGUUGGUCGGAACGUGUCCGAUGCAGCCGGUUUAUAAUGUGCGAGUGUAAGAAGCUCUACAAUGGCUACAUUGCUAC